CGGAAAUUGCACAUCUGCGUGUGGAAAUUCUGGAAAUUCUUUAGAAAUACAGUGUGUGUGUCAUAUAAGAAGAUCAACGACGUCAAUUGAGGUCAUUUACAGGAAAGACACACACACACACACACACACACACACACACACAAACACAUAGACGGGCUGCUUGAAGAACAGGAGAUUAAAAAGAUGGCCAGCACUCAUCCGAUUCCUCUGAAUAACCUAAGAAACGGCUACACGAUCGUCACUCAGGUUAUUCCAUCAUCAGAUGCUGUGACAGCUGACCGACCCCCGACUCAUCCUUCAAGCCCCCUGGGGAGAUUCCUGAAAGGAGAACCAAAAGCUCUGGGGACAGUCCAAAUCAUGAAUGGUUUGUUUACACUCUUUCUUGCCCUGUUGAUUCUGGGAUACUCUUACUUCAGCUUCAUAGGCUACGGAUUAGCUGUCAGUUUCUCGAUCAUUCACCUCAUUGCUGGUUCUCUGACCGUCUCAACGAGCAAAAGGCUUCAUCCCUGUAAGGUGAAGUGGACCUUGUGCAUGAACAUUUUCAGUGCGUUAUCUGCAGUGAUCAGCAUCAUCCUAAUCUCCAUGUAUCUGAUGUUUUCUAAUCGCUGUUAUGGUUACGAAUGCAGAUAUUAUUAUCAGAGCCCUGGGUUGAAUGGCACCUUUCUGGUUUUCUCACUACUCCAGUUUUCUGUGUCUGUUGCCAUCACGGUUUUUGCCAGUAAAGCCACAUGCUCGGAUGAAUCUUCUAUGAAUGUAGUCAGUGUGGUCCCUAAUCCUGAGAGUUGCUUCCCCAUGGACACGUCUUUCUCGGCUCCUUUCACUCACAUGGGAUUUGGUGCAACCAACGCCAUGGGUGUGAGCAGCACUCCUGCAGAGCUUCCACCAUCGUACAGCGAGACCAAAAGGGAUUCAGACAAUUGAAGAACAUUUAAAGGAUUCAUUUUUUUACUUUAUUAUAUUGGUAAGAUAUAAAGCUUAUAUGUCUCCUAUAAAUAAUAAUAAUAAUAAUAAUAAUAAUAAUAAUAAUAAUAAUAAUAACAGUAAUGAUGAUAAUUAUAAUAAUAGUAAUAAUAAGAAUAAUAAUAAUAGUAAUGAUAAUAAUUAUAAUAAUAUCACCAACAUUUCAUCGAAAUAAAAUACAGUUUUUUUUUGUUUCAUUAUAAAAAAAAGAUUUUUUUUCCUCAUCCAUGUUGUUUUGUACACUUUCUUUGAGGGGGAUCUGGAUUUCAUUCUGUUCUAGUUUCAGAUUAUUACAAAGUAAACUAAACUUUCUAUAAUGCAGUGCUGAAUUCUACAUUCUGGUUGGUCAGAUUGGUGUUCAUUUGUUUUUUGUUUUUUUUUAUUCAUGAUCUUGUUUUUGUACAUGAAAGAAAAGUAAAUAAAUAAAAGGCUUUUCCAAAA